CGCGAGAGCACCCCUGCGCAUGCGCAGCCUAGACAGCGUCCUAGGUGUUCUGGGAUCUGAGGGUUUCCAGAAUUGAGCUCCCUAGUGGGCUCUGAAAAGGUGCUGGUCAGAGUUGAAGUAUUUGUCUCAGCCCUUGCCGCAGAAUUCUAGACGGAAAGGACUUUGAGACAACUGGCCUUCUCCUUUGUGUCAAGCCGCAGUUAUGACUUGUCAGUGAUAUCACCGUUCAAAAUGGCCCUCAAGCAUUGUCCUAUAGUGCUGCCUACAUGCAAGAAGAUUGUAAUGUGCCUUAUGUAGAAAAUACCUGUGUUGGAUAAGCUUUGGGCAUAAGUUACAAUGUUGGCUGAGAAUGUGGUACCAGAGCAAAGGAGUCCAUCUGCCCACGUGCCUCUCCUCUGUGCAUGCUUCAGCGGCAUGAGCUACGUUACAGGUUUUGCAGCAAAGGAAGUAAACGUUUAUUUUAGAGAGCUGCAAGUCCUGGAGACACAGGACAUUGCUUGCAAGUGGAUAAUGCAUUCUGGAGACCAGCCACAUUUCAAAUGCUCAGCCCGCACAGUGGCUGGUGGCUACAGGAUUGGACGGCGCGGCUUGGGUGUGCAAGAGGCGCCCAAUCGCUCUGGAGCAUUUGGAGGAAGCAGGUGCAGGUGUAGGGAGGAGGCGCCGGGAGCGCGGGGCAUUGUUCGGUUGCAGGCGGGCGCCCACGGCGUGGUAUGGCCAGCUGGUGGCGGGCGCUGGUACGCGCGGCACAGCGCCACCCAUGGCCCACAAACGUGGUACUCUACACCACGCUCUUCUCUGCGGGAGACGCGCUGCAACAGCGGCUGCGGGGCGGCCCGGCGGACUGGCGGCAGACGGGGCGCGUGGCCACCGUGGCCGUGACCUUCCACGCCAACUUCAACUACGUGUGGCUGCGCCUGCUGGAGCGCGCGCUGCCUGGCCGCACGCCGCGCGCCAUCCUGGCCAAGCUGGUGUGCGACCAGGCAGUCGGCGGGCCCGUGGCUGUCUCGGCCUUCUACACCGGUAUGAGUAUUCUCCAGAGAAAGGAUGACAUAUUUGGGGACCUGAAAAAGAAAUUCUGGAAUACAUACAUGACUGGUCUGAUGUACUGGCCUUUUGUACAGGGGAGAAGUUUUCGUCCUAUGCAAAUGGAUGCCAUCAUCCUUAUAACAAAUGCCAUUAAGUGGCCAGUGUGGGGAUGUAAAGAGAUAAACAACAUGGCGGUAAGUAUUAAAUGAAGUUCAUGGUCUAGUUGAGAGUAUAAGUUAAAAAAAAAAAAAAAGAUAAUCUGAUUCUCAGGACAUCUAUACCAAUUCAUCAUUCAGGGCUCGAACAGCAUCUGUGACAAGUGGUCAAUAGAAAGCUUGACUGUUACUCAAGGAAUGCAGUAGGUUAGUGGCAGAAGCAGAAGGCACUUUGAAGACAUGGUGCCCUGGGUAAUCUGGGAAGGCUUCAUGGGGGAGAUGCCUGAGCUGGAUCUUAAAGGAUGGAAAGUCACAAGACUCUAAUGGUCUGUGAACUGGGGUGGUAACGGUAGGAUCAGAUCAGAUCAGAUGAGAUCUUGAGAAUAGAGCAAAGAGAAAAGAAAGGCAUUUAAGUUUUCACAUAAGGGGGAAUUUGUAUAGCCCAUUCCUCAACUUUAAAUAAUGGAGAUGCUUCUAUUCAGCUUAGUUGUAAUUAAAAAUGCAUAAUUUGCAACUUAUCUGUCUUUUUCACUUGUAGGAAAAUUAAUAAAAGCUAUUCUCUUUUAUCUAUAUCAUAGUUGGUUUGGUAAGAGAAUUAAAAUAAUGUGAGAGUUUGCAUGUAUUUAAAAUUUUCUCAUACCAACUUUGAGAGUGGCAUGUGAAAAUAUUGUCAUCAAAAUUUGUUCAAUGAGGUGAUUCAGUGUACAAAGUAAUCGAUUAUUUACCCACUAUGCAGUCAGUGAAAUUUGGCACUUAGGGGUUCCUACAAAUGAAGGAUGAUUUAGGAAAACUUUAUCUUAUAAAGUAUUGAUAUUCCAUGUGCCAGAAUAAGAAAACUAAUGAAUGAAAGUAAUUUCAGCUACUAAAAGAUAUAGUUCACAGAGGAAAACAUUUUUACAUUCUAGUACUCCAUUAGCAGUUGUAAUUUUGGUUUGUAAUGCUUUGAAGAAAAAUUUGUUUUAUUAUCUCACAAUAAAGUCUAUAAAGAGAUUUAA